UCCAUUAUGAGUUUCCCAGGUCAAGGGUAUACAGCAGGCGGAUAUGUGCCAUAUCCUCCUUAUCAACAACAGCAACAACCAUAUCCUCCUCCUCCACCACAACAAUAUUCACCUUAUCCUCCUCCCGUACAAGGUUAUCCACCUCCACAGCCCUAUCCUUCCGCAGGCGGAUAUCCACCACAACAGAAUCCAUAUCCUCCUCCACCACAGCAGAGUCCAUACCCUCCACCGCCGCAGCAGAGCCCAUAUCCUGCACCACAACAAAGUUCUUACCCUCCACCACCUCAACAGAAUCCUUAUGCAACACCACCACCUCCUACGCCAUCUCGUCCUCAUAACUAUUCGUCUCAAAGCCCAGCUUCUAAUAAUCCUCCCCCUCCUUACUCACCUCAAGAUCCUGCGUUCUCACCUCAUGAUCCUACAGUAGGACAGGCCAAUUAUCCACAGCCACCUCAUUCAGCACAUAAUCCUUCAGGUAGUCUUUUGAUUUAUAAGGCCCAAGAAUAUAAUAAUAACUACUCUUGAUAUAGUGCCUUAUGGUCAAACACCACCCAAUGUCAAUCCCAAUGACUUUAUUAUGCAUGUUCAUCCCAGUCUUCAACAGGCACCGCCACCUAACUUUCAACUUUCUAACUGUCAAGGAAGAAAGAGAGCC